GUUAUUUGUACUGAAAGUCUGUGACAGGAUGAGGAAAGUUCGUCUACAUAUCGGCGGCUGAAAAGUGGGCCGGUGGGCGACCAAUCAAAACGACGGUAACAUCGGGAUGGAAACAUGGCGGUCGAGGUGCUGCUACAGAAAGGAUGGCACCUAACACCGGAUGGGCUUGAAGAAUGCAAACAGAAUGGGAAUAAGAGCGCCGAUGCUGUAAUUAAGGCAGCUCAAAAUAUUGACCUGAGAGACAUUGGGGAAAGGUUUCUUCCAGAUGACAUUAAUAGGGGCAAGGUUGACUACGUUCAAGGACCAUGUGUGCUACAAAUCCAGAAAUUGCGGAAUGUAUCUGCCCCCAAAGAGAAUGAAGAUUCUCAGGGGGCUCCUCGACUGCUGAAGCUCACACUAACAGAUGGUCAUCAAAACUGUGGGGCUGUGGAGAUAGAGUCAUUGGACAAGAUCAGUCUGAAUACCCCUCCAGGCAGCAAAGUUCAGCUGUUAGGAACUGUUCAGAUUGAGCAUGGCUUUUUACUGCUGAACAACAAGAACACGAGGUUUGUGGGAGGAACUGUGGAAAAGAUGGUGGAAAGCUGGAAGCUAAAAAGGAGCCUAGCUAAGCAGUCGAGGGUUGUAACAUCAGGGGAAGGUGCACCUCCGCCAUUUAUACCGUUCGGACAGAGAAUCACCCAUGACAAGCAGCCCACCAAUAGGCGAGAAAAUUUCAAGUCGUUGGAAGUAGGUAAGGAGAAGAAGGAAGAAGAUGGGGAGUUUGAGCAACAGAGACAGGCCACAAUAGCAGAAGCUCUACAGAACCAGAAAGUCAAGACUUUUGGUGGCAUGGGAAAACAGCUAAUUCAAGACAAAGAUGUUGCAAAGAUUGUGGAGAUGGGAUUCAGCUCAGAAGAGGCCAUGUGCGCUCUGAAACAGAACCAGGGAAACCCUGAACUAGCUAUCAAUGCUCUCCUGUCAAGAAAUGUGGCCGGGGUUGGUGGCCAGAGGGGGCGGGGCUAUCAGAGAGGCCCAGCCAAUCAGGACAGGCAGGAGAGAUCAGAGCGAGGUGACAGGUCAGACAGAUCUGAGAGAAGUGAUCGGUCAGACUCUAGGCAAGGUGGCCGUGGAAGGAGGAAUACCACAAAUAAAGAGAAUGAAGUGGAGGAUUUGGCUCCUACUAGGCCCUCUGGACCAGCGACUUUGUUUGACUUUCUGGAAACUAAAAUGACAAUAAAGGAUGAUCCUAAAACAGACACCAAAGAAUCAUCAACCAAAUCAGUGCCCUCCACCCGCUCUGAGGGUCAGGGUUAUCAGGGAAGGGCUCAGUCAGCCUAUACCAGCAAAACUCAGUCCCACACUAGCGGCAAGUUCCCCGACCACCGGCCUCAGGGUCAGGGCUUCUCCCAGAACAGACGUCAAAACCUUCCCCCACGGCUGGCUAACAAGUACAACAGGGAGGCAGACAUGAGCUCAGGACGGCCCUCCCAACAGAGGGCUAGCAGCGGGUACCACGGUAAACAGACAGACGGCAGCCAGGCAGACAGAACCAGUUACACCAGCAGUCGUAACCACUACAGCAGUGGCACAGACAGAAAUAGUUACUCAGACAGAAAUAAUUACGGCGGAUCAGAGAGGAGUAACUACAGCUCAGACAGAAAUAAUUACGGUUCUGAGAGAAAUAAUUACGGAUCAUCAGAUCGUAGUAGUGGUGGAUCAGAAAGAAACAGUUACAGUGGAUCAGACAGGAACAGUAACAGGGAUCGCUCUGGUCGUGAUCGUGGCACAAAUAGCGCUGCCAGCAGCGGCAGCGAUCGCUCUCAGGGCAGAACAAAUUCUUACCGGAAGCCGGACUUCUCCAAUCCCCCGCCUACGCUGGCCUACGAGACAGGUCAAAGUUCGCAGUACUCUAGCGGCCAGUACGGGUACCCGGCAGGGAAUCCCGGUCAGUCUUACCGUCCUAACACAGUUUCCUACGGCACUAACUACAACAAUGUUCCAGGGCAGAAUGACUGGGGGCAAACCCAGGACUUCCAAUCAGACAUGUCUUCACAUGGCUAUGUGCAGAAUAAUUGUGAGAGAGGCACACCAAAGUGGCGCAGGGGAGAUAAAUGUUUAGCGCAGUACAGUGGUGAUGGUCAGUUUUACAAUGCUGUGAUAGAGGCUUUGAGCAGAGAACUGCCCACAUGUGUGGUCACAUUCACAGAGUAUGGUAACUCUGAAGAAGUGUCCUUAGACAGUCUCAGACCAGUCCCAAAAUAUACACGGACGGAGGGCAACUGGCAGAGUGGAGGAACAUCCAAAGUCUACUCCAGCCAUCCAAUGAAGCACCAUCACCACCAGUCCGGGAUGGUCGUCCCACAAGGUAUGGCAUAUGCCCCACCCAUAGCUGGAGAUGAAUCUCUGUUUGCUGCCAAUCACAUCACCACCAUGGAGUUCAGGCGGGGAGGGGGAGGUAACUCCUACCAGAAAAGACCAGAUAGACAGGGAACAGGACGGAACCAGCCGUUCUACUCUAAUGCAGGAGGGCAAAGUCAAGUUCCUACAUCUCAUUACUGAUAUAUGACUAUAAUGAAAUAGCAUGCAGCAAUAUUUUAAUGAUUCUGUAUCACAAGUGAAAUCAUGGUUAUGUGAUUAUAGUUUGAUUAAAAUUAUCAUAAUAUUA